AUGGAUGCUAUCAAGGUGGUGGGAAGCAUAAGAAUGACGUUGGCUUACCUGAAAUGGGGAUGGGAUUUGCUGCUCCACCUCUCCUUCUUCCACCACCGCCACCACAACUACAGCUACAACGACGAAUUCAACUACCAGCAGCAGCCGGCCCAUGACCAAGUCCAAGAGUACUACGAGUCUAACGACGUCGUAUCAGCAACCGCCGAAGAUCUACGGCAGUCCUCGGAAUGUGCUGUGUGCUUGUCCAAGGUGGAACAGGGCGAUGAGAUACGGAAGCUGACUUGUUGUCACGUGUUUCAUAAAGUUUGUCUCGACAGAUGGUCGUCGCAAUCCUUCACGAGGAGGUCCCCCACGUGUCCACUAUGCCGUCGUUCUUUGAGCAGUACUCCGAUAGCUAGCCGGGGGAGCGCCGGUGGACCGGGAGUGGUGCUCUUUGAUAUCUCUAGUUUUGUUUCCUCCGAUCAUGACACCGGCCGCGACAUGUGGUGGCUCCGCUAG